CGCUGGACUGUCGUUCAGACUUAAGGAUGGCCCCGGGUUCAAACCCUGCCCGCUCAGAUCCUCCGUCGUCCUGCGGGUGAUUUGGACUAGGAAGUAAAUUAUCUUCAACUCUGAAGGAACAUCCGAAACAUAGCCACCACAUCCAGAUACUUGUAAAAGAAUGUUUGGAUACUCGAUCUAUCGAAACAAGAAUGUGCAGAUGUGUUUAUUGAUAAGGAACAUGAAUAUGACUUAUGGUGUUGACUUCCGAAGGGCCCAAGCCCACUGCUCAAUCUUCGGUGGAAGAAUAGGCAUUUUCGAUACAAAAGAAAAGCUUGAAAUUCUACAAAGACAAACAAGAUGUCUUUGGGUAAAUUUUAUAGGAGAUGAUUCAGGUUAUACUUGGGGCACUAAACAAGGAUUUAUUCAAGUCUACAAUGAAGCAAAACAUAGCCACCUAUUUUUCGGAGGUCAGCCUUUCAUUAAGAUGACAGAAAGUGAUUUAAAUGCAGGCCCAAGAUGUGGAAUAUACUCUAAUAGAUUCAGACUUUUAACCACCGAGUCGUGUUACUCUGAAAGAACCGAAAGUUCAUACAAAUCUUGUUUUAUUCACGAGGUCUGUGAGAAAUCUCUUUACACCAGAGACGAUCUCUAACAAAAAUGUAAUUUAAAAAAAAAAAUGGCGUGUACUGGUGAAAUAAAAUAAGCGUAUAUAAGCAUAA